AACUAAUAGAUGAGUUCCCACAGACCAAUUCAGAGGAGCAUGACAUAAUUAAAAUGGCCGAAACUAUAAGAGCUCAGUUUAAAAAGGCUUGUGCUUUGUUAAAAAUAUCGUCAAAUAACCCAUAUGAAGCUGGCAUCUCUUUUUAAUAUACUCAAAACUUCCAAAAUGGAUACCAAAAUAUACAAAAUACAAAGGCAUCUUGACAGUAUCGUCAAAUAUCUCAAACCGCUUUUACCUCUUGCUAAUUGUCACAUGGUGGAGUUCUUUACUGAUUCUCAUUGGGAGUUGCUGCCGAGGAAUUUGAGGAUGUAUUUAGAUAGUAUGGAGAUGAGUGAUGCUGUGAAUAAGUUCUGGAGCGCUGCAGAUAAUAUUUAUAUGGAUAACUGUGAAAUUUUCGAAUGGGUGACUCAGGCACGGAAAAAUUGCAUAAUAAUAAAUAAUGAUUACAUAAUAUCACCAGAGAAUCUAAAAAACUACAUAAAAUUAAAAGGUGGUGAAUUUCAACCAGAAAUUAAGGUCACACAGUUUAUGACUACUAAAAAAAGCUAUGAAGUACAAACAAUGUCUAAAUACGUAGCGUCCCUUCACAAGGCAUGUUCCACAACUCAUUGCAUAGAAGCCGGUGGAGGCAAGGGCAACUUACUAGUAGCUUUAUCCCUCGGGUAUAAUAUACCCAGCCUCACCGUGGACUGUGAUGAGAAAACAUUAAUGAAUGCAGAGACGCGGGUGUCAAUUAUACGAAAGCAAUGGAAGGCCAUAGCUAAAAAGUUGAAUAACGGUACAGAAGAAAUAAUUUCAGGAAAUAUAAAUACAGACUGUCAUAGAUUCGCUAAAGCUUUUAUAACUAAGGAUACUGAUUUUGUACAAACAGUCAAACAGGAGUUUGACUGCGAUAUUGUAAAUGUUUUAUUAACUGGUCUCCACACUUGCGGGAACCUAGGUCCUGAUAGCCUACGUAUAUUUACAAAAAGUCCAAACAUAGGCGCAGUGUUCAAUGUGCCGUGUUGUUACCAUCUGUUGAACGAGGCUGUGGAUGUUUGUAUGGUGGACGUGUUUCAGCGGGAGUAUGGUGGCCACGUGGAUGGUUAUGGCUUCCCUAUGUCGGAGUAUUUGAGAGGUUUCAACAUCGGUCGGAACGCACGUAUGCUCGCUUCACAGUCCAUACACAGAUUUGUGGCGCAAAAAACUCUUCCCGAUAUAAGUUUGUUGUAUAGAGCUGUACUACAGACUAUAAUAAAGAAGCAGUUACCGCAAGCAUCUCUAUCGGAGAAGAAACUAAAAGGACUCUCAGCGAAAUGUAACAAUUUCAAGGACUAUUGCAAAAUGGCGAACGAAAUAUUACAAAUUGGCCUUUUUGACACCUGUCAAAGUGAAACUGUCAAUUUGACAGAUGAAAACAUGGAUUGCCAGUGGAAAAAAAUUGUGUUGUUCUAUAUGAUGAGACUGUGUUUAGCUCAAGUCGUUGAAAGUGUUAUUUUGUUGGAUAGAUUGUUGUUUUUGUAUGAAAAUGGGUACAAUGAUGCGUUUAUAGUGAAGUUAUUCGAUCCUGUAUUGUCGCCAAGGUGUCACAGUAUAGUUGCAAUUAAAUGA